AUGAAAAAAAUUCAAUUUCACUUAAUUACCUUGGGGUUGCUUUUAGUGCUUUCUUCUGCCACUCAUAAAACAACUGAUUCUCCCUCUACUUCUCCAGAUGUAUUUAACUACAAUGACUAUAUUGAAGUAUUCAAAGACGAUUUCGAUCAAUAAUAGCUAAACACUAAUUAUUGGAGAGUUGCUGAUAACUUCUUUAAAACUAUUGAAUAGAGAAACUAUAUCUACACUAAAGAUAAUGUGAAAGUAUAAGACGGUAAUUUGGUUAUCAGUGCAUAACGUUAAAAAGUCACUUUUAAUGAUAAAUCAUAUGAUUACACUGGAGGUUUCAUUGAUAGUAACAGUACCUAAGCAAUUACACUCAAAUUCAAUCAAUACACAGAAGCUAGAAUAAAAAUAACUUAGUACAAAGAGAGUGAUUUAUCCGAACCAGGUUUUUUUGGUAUUCCUAUGAAUUACGAAAGUUGGCCACAUCCAACUGAAUUUUAAAUAAUGAAAUGUAGUAUUUUUGACGAUAAUACUUAGUAGAAUUAUCCAUACGUUUAUAAUACUUUUAUCUAUUAUUAAUGGGUAGAUAAUGGCGACUGUAGAAUUUAAUAUAGAUCUCCUUAUAAAAAAUUAGACUUUUCUGAAUAUCACACUUAUGGUAUGCUAUUGAAAGAAAAUGAAGUUACAUUUUACAUUGAUGGAGAGGCUCAAUUUUCCUAUGUUGCUAAUGAUCCAUCUAAUUCAUCACUUCUUGGUUGCCGCAUAAGAAUUCCUAAAAAAGACAUCCUUUUAGGUUUUGAUUAUGUAGUAAAAAAUACACUUUUAACUCCUAAAUAAAUGUAUGUUGACUAUGUUAGAAUUCUCAAACCUAAAAAAUGA